GUCCGAGAUACUGCCUGGCGAUGUCACUAAAUUGCUUGCUCCAACUUUUUCCCAAGGACACCCUGUUCAAGGUUAACCGCGCCACGACUGGAGAUAGAUAUCUCUGCGCAGUUCAAUUUGGACCGUCGAGCUCUUGGUUGACGCUCGCCUGCUCGCCAUGGCGCAAAAAGCAUCUAAACUCGUGGAUAACGACCAAAUCCAAGGCGCAAGUCUUCACAAUCCCCUACCCAUCUACCUAAAGGCUUAUGUCUGGCCUUUCACGAUACUAUGGCCCAUAUUCUUGGCCCUCUAUUUCAAUGAGGAUCUCUACGACGAAUACAUCGACGGCCAGGAAUGGACCUUCCUGUGGAUGGCUACCAUCAUUACGCUUCAGUCAUUGGCCUGGCUAUCUACCAAAUGGAAUGUCAACCUAGACACCACAUUCACAACGACCAAAGCGAAGAAAGUGGAAGAAGCGCGUUUGAUAAAGGUCAUACCUGUGGUGAAUUCGGGAUCCCCAGCCAUCUGCAAGCUUGAGAAGGGAGCGGACGGAAGGAUCUUCUUUCUAUUCCAAAAGAGACGGUUCGACUAUUCUCAAGAGAAAGGCGCAUUCGCCACGCUGACCUUUCCUCUCGAUGCGGAGGAAAAACCACUCCUUCGAGACUUCCAAUUGUCCAAAGGUCUCAGGUCUACAGCUGAGAUUGAGACCACCCACAAGCACUAUGGAGACAACACAUUUGACAUUCCUGUUCCCACGUUCACGGAAUUGUGGAAGGAGCACGCUGUUGCACCAUUCUUCAUCUUCCAAAUCUUCUGUGUCGGCCUCUGGUUACUUGACGACUACUGGUACUACUCCCUUUUCACUCUAUUCAUGCUGGUAGCCUUUGAAAGCACCGUUGUAUGGCAACGACAGCGCACACUGAACGAGUUCAGAGGAAUGAGCAUCAAGCCAUAUGACAUCUGGGUGUACCGCGAAAACAAAUGGAAUGAAAUUAAAAGUGACAAGCUGCUGCCGGGUGAUCUGGUAUCAGUCGGUAGGACUGGGGAGGAUUCUGGCGUCGCCUGCGAUAUGCUGCUGAUUGAAGGUACUGCUAUUGUCAACGAAGCGAUGUUAUCUGGUGAAAGUACGCCACUUCUGAAAGAGUCGGUGAUGCUGCGUCCGGGUGACGCGGCAAUCGAGCCUGAAGGCUUGGACAAGAACGCACUACUCUGGGGAGGAACCAAGGUGCUCCAAAUCACGCAUCCCGCAGCCAGCGCGGACGCUGCCGACACCGGUCCAACAGUAAAUUCAGGAGUUCGUUCACCCCCGGACAACGGAGCCAUGGCUGUUGUUUUGAAGACUGGAUUCGAGACGAACCAGGGAAGCCUUGUCCGCACCAUGAUUUACUCUACCGAACGUGUCUCGGCGAACAAUGCUGAAGCUCUAUGGUUCAUCUUGUUCCUGCUGGUCUUUGCUUUGGCAGCGUCCGGGUAUGUCUGGCAAGAAGGUGUGAAGAAUAACCGGAAACGAUCUAAGUUGCUGCUCGACUGCAUCUUGAUUGUCACUAGCGUUGUGCCGCCUGAGCUGCCCAUGGAAUUGUCUCUCGCUGUCAACACCAGUCUUGCGGCUCUUAGCAAAUUUGCGAUUUUCUGCACAGAGCCCUUCCGGAUCCCUUUUGCAGGUCGGGUCGAUGUUGCUUGCUUCGACAAGACUGGUACAUUGACCGGUGAAGAUUUGGUCGUAGAGGGUAUCGCCGGCCUAAACUUGGGCAAGUCGAACACCCAAAUUGAAUCAGAUGGCGCCCACUCCACAAUCACCAAGGUUCCAGAUUGUGGCGUAUACACCACUCUCGUUCUGGCCACCGCCCACGCCCUUGUCAAACUCGACGAGGGUGAUAUUGUCGGUGAUCCUAUGGAGAAGGCUACCUUGACAGCCCUCAAUUGGAGUUUGGGCGACAACGACACUUUAUCAAGUAAUCCCCCUCCAAAAUCCAAGAAAGCUGUCUCGACUGCUGGUGCGUCUCACAUAGUCCAGAUUAAACGACGCUUUCAAUUCUCAUCUGCUCUCAAGCGCCAAAGCUCUGUGGCCACGGUAACGAUGACAGAUUCCAAGACUGGACGAAAAGGCAAGGGGACUUUCGUUGGUGUGAAAGGUGCUCCGGAAACGAUCCAAAAGAUGUUGGCGGACAUCCCGCCCAAAUAUGAGGAGACCUUCAAAUUCUUCACGAGGAACGGUGCUCGCGUGCUGGCACUUGGUUACAAAUACGUCCAAAAAGAUGCUGAGAUUGGUCAAAAACGCAUCAACGAUCUCAAGCGUGAAGAGGUGGAAUGCGAUCUCACGUUCGCUGGCUUCUUGGUCUUGCAGACUCCGCUGAAGGAGGAUGCGAUCAGGGCGGUCCAGAUGCUGAAUGAGAGCAGUCAUCGUGUCGUGAUGAUCACUGGAGACAACCCUUUGACUGCCGUGCAUGUUGCGAGACAAGUCGAGAUUGUGGACCGAGAUUGUUUGAUCCUAGACGCACCAGAACACGAUGCAUCGGGCACGAAACUUGUCUGGCGUAGCGUCGACGAAAAGACCAGUAUCCCCGUCGACCCGUCCGCGGACAUCGAUCCUCAGAUCCUGGAAACAAAAGAUCUUUGCCUUACAGGGUAUGCGCUUGCCAAAUACAGCGGGCGGGCAACCUUCAAAACCUUGUUGAGACACACCUGGGUAUAUGCAAGAGUAUCGCCGAAGCAGAAAGAGGAGAUCCUCAUUGGACUGAAAGACAUGGGAUAUACGACUCUGAUGGCUGGUGACGGGACCAACGAUGUUGGCGCACUGAAACAAGCGCACAUUGGUGUUGCUCUGCUGAAUGGUUCUCCGGACGAUCUUACCAAGAUCGGCGAACAUUUCAGAACCACCAAGAUGAAGGAAAUUUAUGAGAAGCAGGUCCAACUGAUGAAGCGGUUCAAUCAACCUGCACCGCCUGUUCCGCCUGGUAUCGCUCACCUAUACCCGCCAGGUCCCAGCAACCCUCACCAUGAGAAAGCAGUAAGGGCUAUUGCCGAGAAGAAGGGUAUUUCACUGGAGAACGGCAACGCCGAAAAUGGAGCCAUUGAGACAAUUACUUCACCGGGAGCUCAAGCUAUUCAGCAGUCAAAUGCAAACAUGACAGCCAAAGAACGACGACAAGCUGAAGCACAGCAGAAGGCGGCAGGCUGGGCUGACAAGUUCACCUCUUCCAUGAUGGAAAAUGAGCUCGAUGAACAUGAGCCUCCUACAAUCAAGCUCGGUGACGCUUCAGUUGCUGCACCAUUUACCAGCAAACUGGCCAAUGUCGUGGCUAUUCCGAACAUCAUCCGACAAGGGCGGUGCACAUUGGUCGCCACCAUUCAGAUGUACAAGAUCCUUGCUCUGAACUGCUUGAUCAGUGCCUACAGUCUCUCGGUGAUUUACCUCGCAGGCAUCAAGUUCGGUGAUGGGCAAGUCACGAUCAGUGGUAUGCUGAUGUCAGUCUGCUUUCUUUCAGUCUCUCGCGCGAAGCCUGUCGAGGCGUUGUCAAAAGAGCGUCCACAACCCAAUAUCCUGAAUAUGUACAUUCUGGGAUCGGUCCUCGGUCAAUUCGCUAUCCAUUGCACCACUCUCAUUUACCUUUCCCGGGUCGUCUACUCCAUUGUUCCUCCGUCUGACGAAGUCGACUUGGAAGGUGAAUUCGAACCGAGUCUGCUCAACAGUGCAGUCUACCUGAUGCAGCUCAUCCAGCAAGUUUCCACCUUUGCCAUCAACUACCAAGGCCGACCUUUCCGUGAAAGCAUUCGCGAAAACCGUGGCAUGUACUGGGGACUUCUUGCUUGCUCAUUCGUGGCCUUUGCAGGUAGCACUGAGUUCCUCCCUGAGCUUAAUGAGAGGCUGCGGCUGGUACCUUUCACGCGCGACUUCAAGUGGACCUUGACAACACUCAUGGUUGUGGAUUACUGUGGAUGUUGGGUGGUGGAACAAAUCUUCAAGAACAUGUUCAGCGACUUCAGACCCAAGGACAUCGCGAUCAAGAGACCUGAUCAGGUCGCCAGGGACGAAAAGAGAAAGCAGGAACUGGCUAACAAGGCAGAGCAAGAGCGAAUUCUGGAGAUUGAAAGAAAGCGUGGAGUGGCCGACAGUACCGCACCACCAGAGCCAAUGAAGAAAUAGUGGUUGCGACCGGAGGAACACUCUAAGUGUAUUCAUCACCAGACUCUCACACCUUAUAUAGACAAUAUUAGACGGCGUUCGCAAUAACAACAAGGUUACAAUAUCGACCUCGGAUCCUUCCUACCACUUCGGUUGGUCACUGUGAUGUCUCUUCGCGUUGCUUUACCCCAUACCAAGGUCAGCCUUGUCAUACUCUGUGCAUUCAACAGGAUCGACACCUUUUGGCACUUCCCACGGGUAAUGCUCUUCCUGGCUUCGGAGAUCUCCA